GCCCUGCGGCGGCGCCCCCUCCGCGCAGCGGCGGUGCCGCUGCCGCGGGCACGGCCGAUGGCGCCGGCGCUCGCGCCUGGGCGGCGGCGGCGGCCGGCGUGGCCUGCGGGCUGUGGCUGGGCCUCCUGGUGGCGGUGCAGCCCGCCCAGGCCUCUGGGACUGAGCUGGAGCAGACGAACGUCAAGACGUUCGACGACUUCUUGGGUAGACUGAAGAACGUGUUUCUUCCACUGCAGAAAGGUCUGUCCCAGGCCGAAAUGGCAGCUGACCAGAAAAAGUCCGAAGUACGGACCAUCGCAGAUGCAGAAAUCAUGUUGAAAAAAAUGGAGGCGAAGGAGUCUGCAGUCAUGGACAGCAAGGCACCUGUCAAAGAUCCGUUCGCAGAAGAUGAUCUCGAGACCUUGAAAGCGGAGGAGAAGGCCGUGGCAAUGCUGAUGGAUGCGGUGAAGGAGCUGCAGGAGAAGGCGACCGACCCAGCUGAGAAGGAGCUUCUCAGCAAGGUUGCGAAGGAAGUAGAGAAGGACCCUGACAAAGCAUUGAUCAUAGCAGACGAAGCCAAACUUGAGGCUAAGAUGGCUCCCAAGGAAGCGCCGGAAGACGUUCCCAAAGAAGCCUCCGAGGUUGCGCCCAAGGAGGAGCCCAAGGGACCGCCCAAGGAAGCACCGAAAGAGGAAGCCAAUGGAGUUCCCAAGGCAGCGCCGAAAGAGGAAGCCAUGGAGGUUCCCAAGGAAAUGUCGAUUGGGGAGUCCAAGGAGAAUCUGAAGGACGUUAACAAGGAGGCAUCUGAAUCAAAGGCACCCACGGGAGCGCCCAAAGAUGCUGCCAUGGAGACGCUCAAGGAAGCGCCUGCGGAAGCAGAAGCGGCUCCCAAGGGACCACCGCAGCAAGAGGCGCCGAAAAAGGAAGGUGAAGUGGCGCCUCCCAAGACAGAGCCGAAGGACGAGGUGAAAGAAACCCCGAAGGAGGCUGCUGCCAUGCUGAAAGAGGAGAAGAAGGUGAUGGAGGUGCUCGAGGAGAAAAAGGAGCAGGCCCUCCAGGUAGAGAAGGUCCUCGAAGAGAAGGCGGAUGAGAUCAAGAAACAGAUUGUAAUCGAGACCAAGAAGGAGGAGGAACAGCUCACCAAGGUGAAGGACGACUUCGUGAAUGUGGCGAAGAAGGAAGCGAUGGAGAGUAAUAAGCUUGUGGAAGACGUGGGGGCGGAGUUGGAGCAAAAGGCCGAGACCGAGCUGAAAAAGGUCAAGGACGAGAUCCAGGCAGAGGCGGAUAAGGAAGCCGUGAUGAGAGUUGAGAGACGAGCUGAGGCCAAAUUGAAGGAGAUCGAGGGGUUCUUCACAAACGCUGUGAAGAACAUCAAGUGA